AUGUGUCAAAAAUCCGCUGAUCCCUUUCACAUCGACGAUCAGUCACGGCCACUAGCAAAUCCCUGCUGGCGUGUAGUCGAGGAGGGGGGUCCAGCAGUUGCUCAUCACUUGUCGGAAUAUGCAACGACGAUGCUGCAUGAUCAAUGGAACUCCUGUGGUAGCUUAUCUGUAAUUCAUUGCCAUCAGAAGACGUCGAGGGGUUCAGUGAAGUUGCCACGUAUUACUCAGUACAGUGACAGUACAUUGCUGGCUUGGAGGAAAUAUCAGGCCUUGACUCUACUUUUUGCGAAACGUCGCACCGAGAGCGAAAACCCUCACGCCCCACAGCUUACCUCCAUCUCGGAAAUGUUCCCUAGGAACCAAAAAGUCCCCCGACGAUCUGUGGAGACCAGAACGUGGGUUGAGCUGGGGAUUGAGACAAUUGAGCCCUUGAAGAUGGAGUUUAAAGGACCUGAACUGCUUGAUCAGAUCGCCAAAUAG